GCCAGCUUAAAGCUUAUCUCAUGUAAAACCAUUUUAAGAUACUGUGUUAGUGUUAGAUCUAUAUUAUCUUAUCGUGGUUGGAUUAGCUCUUUGCUCGCUUGCGCAAAGCCUCGCGUUCGCUGACCUGAUGACGGGGAUCUUCCUGUUCUACAACACCACGUACAACAUGUCCAACUUCCAGAUCUACAAGGAGUGUCUGGCUCGCUACGGUCUCCUGGUGUUCCUCAUCGUGAGCUCGGUGCUCCACCUGGUCUUUCUCUCUCUAGACAGAUACUUCAAGAUCGUGUUGCCAUACCGAUACGGCGAAUGGUUCACUGUCAAGUCUAUGGCCUUGGUCUCUGCCUUCAUUUGGUUCUUGUCGCUUGUCUUCGCGAUCUUGCCCCUGACUGGCUGGAAUACCACACCAUGGGAAGUCCCGCCGGACCUCUCCAAGCCGGAUGAAGAGGUAUUGUCAUCAUCAUGUUUCUCCGUGGACAUCUGAACGAGUGGACGCUGAUUGAGCAAGGGACGCUACUCCUCUACACAAGCUCCACCGCGUACGUCAACAGUCUUGUAAACCCAAUCAUCUACGCCUUCAAGAUCUCGUCCGUUCGACGGCGCUUUCUGCAAGUUUUCUGCUGUAAAAGCGGGUCGUCUGCAGGGCUCGAACCCAGUUUCUACACGGCAUCUCAGAAGAGAAAACCAAGCGGCCAUGCUGCUCAUGUACGUCACGUCCCGAACAAAAGCACGAACGUUUUGCCUGAGAUCAGCAGUGCGUGAUUGGUUGUGGUGGAGAAAGUGCGCAGUGGACUAGGCUAGAUGUGCUUGCUUCAGUGUGCCUGUAGUACUUGUAGUUUUUAAAUGUAAGCUUUCUGUUCUUUGGAGGAAAAAGGAACAGGUCAAGUUGGAGAAUCUGAGGCCAUCAAACGAACGGACUUUUUUUAUAGUAGACGGUUUUACGGCACUCGCAACUGCAUAAGGUCAUAUCUGCG